AUGGACGAUCAGGACAUCCUCACCACUCUCAAGAUUCUUAUCAUUGGAGAAAGUGGAGUGGGGAAAUCAAGUUUGUUGCUGAGAUUUACAGAUGAUACUUUUGAUCCAGAGCAAGCUUCAACAAUAGGUGUUGAUUUUAAAGUAAAAACUAUAACUGUUGAAGGAAACAAUAAAGCUAAAUUGGCCAUAUGGGACACUGCUGGGCAAGAACGUUUUCGAACUUUAACUCCAAGUUAUUACCGAGGUGCACAGGGUGUUAUUUUAGUCUAUGAUGUCUCCAGCAAGCAAUCCUUUAAUAAACUUGAUGCCUGGUUAAAUGAGUUGGAAACAUUUGCCACAAAACAUGACUUAGUCAAGAUGCUUGUUGGAAAUAAGAUUGAUAAAGAAAGGAGAGAAGUAAGUAAAGAGGAAGGCCUGAAGUUUGCUCGAAAACAUCGAAUGCUAUUUAUUGAGGCCAGUGCUAAAACAAAGGAAGGUGUACAAUAUGCAUUUGAAGAACUGGUGGAAAAGAUUAUUCAAACUCCUGGACUUUGGGAAACUGAUAAACAGGGACUGAAACUCUCUGAAAAUGCCUCAGAUGGCUCUUAUUCUGCCUGUGGUGGAUACUGUGUAAUAUGA